AUGCAGAUCAAGGUGCGAACGCUCACCGGCAAGGAGAUCGAGCUUGACAUCGAGCCUGACUAUAAGGUCUCGAGGAUAAAGGAGCGCGUCGAGGAGAAGGAAGGAAUCCCGCCCGCGCAGCAGCGACUCAUCUUCGGUGGAAAGCAGAUGGCCGACGACAAGACCGCCGCAGACUACAGCCUCGAAGGCGGUGCCACUCUCCACCUGGUCCUCGCGCUCCGUGGCGGCAACUAA